UGCUUUAGUCCAGAGCAGCAGAGCAGCCCGUCUGCUGGGGAGAGAGACAGAGGAAAAGUUAGUCAAGAUGGCAAAUCCCACAGACCCGGAGUGAAGGGGCACCGCUCCCCGAAAAAAGAAGCAGAGCCUGCCGCCCGUCCUGAGACAAACCCAACGAUGCUAACGGCUCCAGGAGGUGAGGCUUAAGAGGGAUUCCCUGAAGAAAAAUGCCAGUGAGGCUGAGGCUGAUGUGACACAGCGUGUGCUGGAAGAAAGCUGACUCAUCAAAUAUCAAUCCCUCUGGGAGCGACUAAGCAGCAGAGAGCAGCUCAUAUCACCUAAUGCCUAGCUAGAAGAGAGCCUUACCCCCCUAUACACACACAUACACACCAAAGGAGAUUAUCAGAGAGGAGAAGACGGUGCAGAAACCCCCCUCCAGCAGGAAUAUAUCCAGCAGUGGCUGCGGGCGAAACAAUUUUUGGCACCAGAAGGUCUAACAGUAACUGCAACAACAAAGCUAAGAAUGGCAUCACAGUGGUUCAGCUGAACCUCACCGACUGACUGACCCCUCCCUGUGUGUAGGGACAAACAACAAACAAACAGCUGAUAAGACCAGCGUCAUCCUCCAUCAGUUUUACCCCAGACCAUCAGUGUAAACUUUGGGGGAGGUUGCUCCUCUCAGCCCAGCCCCGGCACCACCACAGUCAGCCUGCCUUACCCCCGCCACGCAGACCAUGAUGUUUCGCGAUCAGGUGGGCGUGCUAGCCAGCUGGUUCAAGGGGUGGAAUGAGUGCGAGCAGACUGUGGCUCUGCUGUCCCUGCUGAAGAGGGUGAGCCGGACCCAGGCCCGCUUCCUGCAGCUCUGUCUGGAGCACUCUCUGGCUGAGUGCACCGAACUCCAGGUCCUGGAGGGAGAGGCAAACAACCCAGGGGUGAUCAGCCAGUGGCAAGGCGAGUCUAAGGAGCGGGUCAUCUCGCUUGUCCUCACCCAUCUCCCACUGCUCAAACCCGGCAACGUCGAAGCCAAGGGCGAGUACAUGCGCCUGCUGCCACGCAUCCUGGCUCACACCAUCGAGCAUGGCCGUCACCUGGAGGAGUCGCGCCAGCUCCUGUCAUACGCCCUCAUCCACCCCGCCACCUCCCUGGAAGACCGCUCUGCCCUCGCACUUUGGCUGAACCACCUGGAGGAGAGGGCGGCUGCCCGGGGAGACUCACUGGAAAGGCCUCCUCCUUCUGGACCGCACCAUCACCACCACCAGUCCACACCUCCAUCCACCCUCUCCUCAUCAGGUUCCUCCUCCUCCACUAACACCUCUUCAUCAGGCAAUCUCUACUCCUUGCAUCACCACCAGCGCUACGGCUCGGACGACCGCCUCAAUGGGUGGCAGAGCUCCAGGGAUUCAGGGCUGGGUGGAGGCUGGCAUCAGCAGCAGCAGGGCUGUGAGAACGGGCACCUCCUUCUCUACCCAUCAUCCUCUGUGCCGGCAACCAUCAACACGGUCGGGACUGGUGGAAGCGGUAACACUCUCCUGACGAGUGGAGGUGGCAGCCAGCAGCACAGUCCCCUGAAGCGCUCUGUGUCCCUCACGCCUCCCAUGAGUGGCCCCAGCAACCAGCCUCUGGGCCAUGUCUGGCUGUCCCAGGAGGACCUUCGGACCGCUCGAGGCCCAGCCCCAGACCACGCACCGCUCUCACCCCAGAGCAGCAUCGCCUCCUCAGGCAGUGGAGGCAGCGAGCAUCUGGAGGAGGCUGGUUUAGGAGGAGGGUCAGGUCUGCAUCGCAGUUCCUUCCAUGAUGAGGGCAGUGGCAUGAGGGAUGUUCCUGCGUGGCUCAAGAGUCUCCGUCUCCAUAAAUACGCCGCUCUUUUUUCCACCAUGACCUACGAUGAGAUGAUGUCACUGACUGAAGAGCAGCUAGAGGCACAGAAGGUCACUAAAGGAGCACGACACAAGAUCGUUAUCAGCAUCCUGAAGCUCAAAGAGAGGCAGAACCUACUGCGCAGCUUGGAAAAGGAUGUGUUGGAGGGCAGUAAUCUGCGCGCCCCGCUGCAGGAGCUCCACCAGAUGAUCAUGACGCCUAUCAAAGCUUUCAAUGGUGGCGAGGAGGCCUCCCUGCAGCGCCCCCUGCUGAGCCACGAGGGCAAGAGCGCAGCACCAGGCUCCCACCUGACUGGGGUUGGCGGAGGCGGAGGGGAGGCUGAGUCAGGCGCAAGCGUCAUCGCCGAGGGGGAUCUACCUGGCCAGUUCACACGUGUCAUGGGCAAAGUUUGUACCCAGCUACUGGUGUCGAGGUCAGACGAGGACAACAUCAGCUCCUACCUACAACUCAUCGACAAGUGCCUUAUCCAUGAGUCCUUCACUGAGACACAGAAGAAGAGGCUGUUGUCAUGGAAACAACAGGUCCAGAGGCUGUUCCGGUCCAUUCCGAGGAAAACCCUCCUUGACAUUGCAGGGUACCGGCCGCAGAGGAGCCGCUUCGGCCAGUCCAACUCUCUCCCCACCGCUGGCUGUGUUGGGGGCACGGGGGGCGUGUCGGCCAGGAGGAGCCUUCGCCAGUUUCAGAUGCCCUCCAGGAGCUUGCCAGGUGCCAGGCUGGGCCUGCUGGGCAGCGGGGGGCUGCUGGGACCCACACCUCGCAGCUCCAGCAGCACACCCACCGGUCCCAAGCAGGGGAGACAGGGUCUCUGGUUUGCCAACCCCGGAGGAAGCAACAGCAUGCCCAGUCGGACCCACAGCUCCGUGCAGAGGACCCGCUCCCUGCCGGUUCACACCACACCACAAACCAUGGUCAUGUUCCAACAAGCAGAUCUUCAGUUACCGGUGACAGAGCCAGACAUCAACAAUCGCCUUGAGUCUCUGUGUCUGAGUAUGACAGAGCAUGCCUUGGCAGACGGUGCCGACCGCACAUCAACAAUAUGAAAUGAGGACCUGAGUGAGAGCAGUAGGACAGCGCGGGUUCACGAGGCUCUCUCAUGAUAAGUCACCUCGAGGUCACCAGCCCUCCUGUCCCCUCUCCCUGUAGCCAAUGGUAGAGCUCAACCAAAGGAUCGGGGCAGGAUCCAAGAAACACAAGAGAGCCGACCACCAAACGGCUAACACAAGCUAUCACAUUGGCACCGUCCAUCGGGUCGGAAAAACACACUUCCUGCUCCACCAGCAUGCUCACAGUCACCUGCAUCUGGGUAAGGAGAGAGAAAAGCAUUGAACACGGCCUGGACAGUGUGUGAACAGCGCCCCCUCCCUAACCGGGGAGGACAGAAGCAGCACUGCAGCCCAGCAGAAGGGAGACGGCCUGUGGAUCAGGGCCCAGUGAGACUGAGGCCCUUUCCCUCUCCGACACCCUCUGGUCCCCGCACAUCGACCACCGCUCGUGGCAUCUUUCAAAUCCAUAACAGUACCUCAGACCCAAAAACAAGACGAGACAAGCAGUUAGAGGGAGGCAGAAGGAAGUUUGGGAUUUCCUUGAGUGUUUUCAGCGAGGACUGGGCGUCCAGCGAGGACGCUUGUAGAGCUCGGGAUGCCUCUUGCUCAGUAUUGGGUGGCAAAAAAAAAUCAUUUAUUUGUAUUGUAUGUAUUUAUUGUUUACAUAAUGAUGCUACUUUCAAAGGGUACAGAAACAUGUAUGAAUUUCAGGUAUGAAUUGUGUAAUCUGUAAAGCCUUGGCUGUCUACCAGCUUUACGUCCCACGAGUAGCCAUCACGCUAGUUUACAACCAACGUGCUUAUUCUUUAUUUUAGCAGCCAACAAUGAAGAGGUGUUGGCUUUACCAAGAGAGAGGAGAGUGACAGAGAGGAGGAGGAGGUAGAGCAGACGUGUGAAGAGGGGUCAGAGGGAGGAAGUGGAGAAAGACACAGAAAGUAGACGAAGAAAGAAUCAAACUGAGGUGAUACCGGAAAGGGAAGCGGAUGUUUAAAGGAGAAAGACAUCAGAGGCAGGACCUUUGAUCAGCCGAAGAUGACAGAGGAAGAUGAUGUCAUGUCUGAUCAUGUUGCGAGUCUGUUCAUGUGAGUGAGUGUAGGAGGAAGUGAGUUACGCACCGGUCAGUUACAUAUUGUUUAUCCACAGCAUGUACUGUAUGAACUCUUUGAAUUCAGAGCCUUUGUAGGCACGAUACAUUGAAAAUGUAGGGGUUUUUUUAUACACGUAAAUGGGAGAUUUAUGUCGUCAGUGGGAUCUGUCUGCAUGUUCAGAUACUGGGUUUAGUUAUGUUUUUUCUAAAGCAGGGUGAUAUGCUAAAGCUGCAUGUUACAACUAAAUAUCUUUCUUGGAGGAAAGGAAGAUUGUGAAAUGUGUGAAAGAUGGCAGGAAAAAAAAAACAGGAGGUCGAUCUGGUUUCCACUCGGACCGUGUUGCAACAUUGGAGAAAUCACACACUGUCAAUCCAUGAAGGGUAGUUUUCCCAGAGAUUGUCUCAUUAGCUCUUACCUCCACCUGCUGGCCAAACACAGUCAUGGCAGGGCAGACGCUGAAGUCCAUGGACACACAGGCGGAUCAUUGAAAAAUCAUUUAUGAGUAUUAUUUGGGGAGCUCUCAAAGAUCACCCCUGUAACAUGGUCUUCUGUCUGCCCCGUCAGUGCAGGCCUACAUGGAAUUUAUUUUCUGAAUCUCAUGGUUAUUCUGUGUCUUAAUAUUUAUCCUCAGUUUAUUGUGUCUGGGAUACAGACUUUAUAAGAAAAGAUGUAUAUCGAAAUAAGCUGGUUAGGAAACUCCCCGCUGUGCUGCUUUCAUCUGAGCACGUGUGCCGAGAGUCCUGACUCUGAGCAGUCAUCAUCGAGGGUUAUUGAUUAUUAUUGUUUAGUUUCUUUCAUUAGUUUGUUGCAAUUCUAUAGUGCUUCCUUUUGUAUCCUGCACUUAAUGAGAUAAUGUGAUACACUAAAAUCCAAAUGUUCAAGGCUCAAGCGACGGUUUUGUGCUUUGGAGUCGGAUCAAACGGAGCAGGUUGAAGAGAUGAGACUGACGCUGGCUCUCGACUGCAGAGCUUCAGCGUCGGUGGACGGACUAGAGUCAAGCGGUAGAAUCACGACAGGUGGCGAUGCGAGACAGCUCCUGACGCCUCUCAUUGACCUGAAAUGAUUUCUGUUUGACUGAUGGUGAGAUGUUGGAGUUGAGAACACUUUUCUGUUAUCAUGUCAUACACAGUUUAAGGACCACACCGGUGUUUGUGCAUGUUUUAGCCCAUUUACUACAAUCUCACAGCCAGCUAUUUUUAUCUUAUCUAUCUCUAGACAAGCUUCCAGUAAUUUUGUCAUGGUAUUAAAAUGAACUGGUAUGGUCAGAACAUCUCCUAGAAAUGUUAAUCCAUCACAGCAACCUUUCUUUAACUUGUUUGAUUGGGUUUUUUGGGGCAUUUUGCCUUUAUUUGAUAGUGAAAGCUGUAGAGAGACAGGAAACGCAGGGUACAGAGCUGCAAUCGAACCCAUGCCAUUGCAGUAUGGACUAAACCUUAAUGGUAUGAGCUAUUCUACAUGAGCUACUGGGGCGCCCUGUAGUGCAGCCUUUUUAAAAGAUCUGCACCUACAGAUGAAUAACUGUAUUUUAAUUUGGGAAGCUAGCUUCUCAAGCAAGCUUCAGGUUUGUGCAACCUCAGUUUCGUACCAUAACAGAAACCACUGGCUGCCUACAAGCCUGGACAAACAUAGAAUCUAUAUAACACUACAGUUCUCUUUAAAAACAGACAGCAGUGAUGCAUUCAGUGUGUGAUCUAUAUUAAAGGGACUAAAACAUGCAGAAAUCUAUGAUGGUGCCUUAUUGUGACACCUGGAGCCCAAACUGCCUUAUGACUGGCUGCAUGUGGCUUCAGACUCAAUGAUGGCAGCUUGAAACUGCAGUGUGGAUCAGUACACACACACCACAGAUAAAGUGUGUGUCGUUCGUGACGUUUUCUGCUCUUAUACUUUGAGUGUAUAAGAGCCAAGCAGACGUCGUGCGUACGUUUGUGAAUGAAGAUGAAGAUUCCACCAAAGCCUGAAUGUGACAUGAACUGAUGUUACACCUUUAAACGUCUUUUUUUUUUCUGAUGCUCCUCGCUGAGAAGCAGCAUCGUGUCUAAUCAUAGACUGUUUCAGUGUCACUGCCAUAUGAAUCAGUACUUAAAGUAGAUACAAUUAUUUAUUCUUUUUUUUUUUUUUUUUUUUUUUUUCAUAAUUUUUGCAGAGGUGAUACUUUUACUCAUUUAGGUGUAUUAUUAUUUAAAGUACCAUAUGUAUUAACAUGUUAUGGCUGGUGACCAUACGUACAUCUCAAAUAUUAACAUAGUUAUUGUUGACUUUGUUUUUCUUUUUAUGUUUUGUUGUUGCUGUUGUUGAACUAUAAUCGUGUUUGUAUCUAUCAGUGUCAUGUUGAGAUUUUUUUUUUUUUUUCUCUUGUGAAGCUUCGCUGUCGGAGCACAGCCGAGAGCAGCAGCCGGUCCGUCACAGAUACAUCGAGUCAUGUUCGGUUACAGAAUUCACGUCAGAGGAGGUGUCAGCAAACAAAACGGCGGGGUUGUUGUUGUAGUCUGUGGCAGGCCAGGAAGUAGACUGUCCAUACUGAUCUGGAGUCUGAACUUGGUGCUGUGGGUGUGUUACCACCUAACUGUAUGGUCCUGAUGGGAGAGGUGGCGACUGCAGGUUUGAAUGUGUGUUAGUUUAAAGAAUGAGACUGGCAUUAGUUAUAUUUUUCUUACUGUCAACAAAUUCCACGAAAAGACCAAAUUCAACAGUGUGUUAGUCCGUCUGUCGAUACGAUAAGUCUUUACAAGUGCAAAUGUUUAGUUUGCAAGCACCGUGCACCAAGCAGGAGGAAACAGUGCCUUUGUUGGGGACUAUUUUCAGUGGUGGAUUAAUCCACAUUUGAGGCGGUAGUGAGGAUAUGUGUCAGCAGGACGGUGUGGGUUCGUGGUAAUGAAGGAACAUGUCACUCAGUGCAGAGGUGUGUCUCACUGAUGUGUCUUUGGGACAAAGAUGGAGGUCUAUGGCACAGAAGAAAAUGAUAUAUGAGGAUUAUAUACAUAAACAUUAUUUGUUAAAUACAUUUUGGUUUUGGUCUUUCUAUGGAAUUUGUUUACAUCGAGAAAAAUCUAGACUAUGAUCAGACUUAUCUUUCAAACACAAACCUGCAGUCAGUGAUGUAAUCAAAGGGAUUAUUGAAACUGUAGUAUUUUUGCCGCAUUGUUAUUUACGUUCAUAUCACUUUGCCAUGUUUGAGUUAUAAAGGUCUUGACACAAAGGUUCAGGAGAUUUCUUUCAGUAUUGCAUAAAAACAUUAGCUCUAGUCUGUGACUGACGGCGUUUGAAUAACCUGAAGUUUAUGUGAUUUUUCUCAGUGACGUAGCAGAGCAGAGUCACAUGUUUGAGUUCAAAACAACGCAACAGGCCUCCAGUUUCCUGCAGCAUCUCUGGGUCAAAGAGACAUCCGUGUGAACACAGAACAUACCUGUGACGGGGCAGUGGAAGGUUACAGCUCUGAGGUCUGGAUUGUUACACAUCUCUUCAAACCAAAUGCUUUAUUUUUUUUUUGUGUGUGUGUUUUUUUGUUUUUUUUUUCUAAAUGCAUAUCAGCUCUGUGGGUGUCCAGGAGUGCUUCUAACGCUGUGCACACUGCAGUAUUAACAGUUAGAUAACGCCUUGAUAUUCCAAAAAAACAUUUAAUGUACUUUAAGUCGAGACAUAUAUGCUGUUUUGUAUCUUUUAUUUUUGUCAUAGAUUCUGCAGUUUAGUCAGUUUAUGUCGAUAUGGGAUGCCAAGACUAUUUUUUUUGUUUUGUUUUGUUUUUGUAAAUUCCGCAGCAUCCAUUCUGUAACAAAGUGUUACCGCUUGACUGUGCUCCUUUAUUUCAUUUAGUUUUAUUUUAUCAAAGAGCCGAUGUCCUGUAUUGACUGCAGGCUUACGUAUAUAUUUGACAAAAGAAUAUUGUAUGUUUAAUAAUAAAAAAACACAAAAAAGACAAAAAAUUGAAGAAAAUGCAGAAAAAAGAAAAGGAGAAAAUUUGGGGUGGGGGGGGUUAAAAAAAAAAGUGUAAUUUAUAUUUUAAAAACUGCAUGCACAAGGCUGGGAAAGUCAUAUUUAGAAUAACAAAUGGCAGUGCCUUUUUUGUACUCGAGACAUUCACCCCAAAUGUAAAUGGUUUUAUAUAGACUCUAAAGACUGUAAUGUUACAGGAUGAAACAGCUGUGUCGGGUCACGUUCACACUGCGGCCACAGGCGUCCUAAUUCAGAUUCCAACCCAAACCCCCCAACCAAACUGUCCCUGCCCUCAAAACUGAUCACUGUGUAAGAUAUAUUCACUUGUGUUUGAUACAGUUGACGUCCACGGAGGACAAAAAAACUAAAGAUCAUUAAUUUAGUUUGUAUUUGUGGAGACUCUCUAAAUUUAGCUGCAGCCUGCAACAUCAUCCCACAGUGAUUGUUAAGUCCUUAUUUGGGAUGAUCAUUGACAAAUAUAGAGCCACGUCUAACAGUUAUUAUCAUCAUUAAUUAAUCUGCUGAUAAUAAUUAAUCCUUUGCCCUAUAAAAGAUAAAAAAAUAGUGUGAAAUGUCUGUCAGGUGAUGUCUUUUAUUGAACAACUGUCCAAUAUAAGACAAGAAAAAGCAGCAGAUCCUCACAUUGGAGAAGCUGAAAGCAAGCAAGUUCAAGUUUAAGUCAUUUUCAAAAGAAACUUACAUGUAUUUUAGCUGCUAAACCUUUGCAGUCACUAAUUAAAGCAGCUUCAUAUCUGAUUUCUGCUGCUUUCAAAGACUAAACGUGAACAUUCAAACACAAAGUUUAAUCUGAAUUGAGCGUCGAGGCGUGUGGUUUGAACGAGGCCUGCGGCGGUGAACUCGGUCUGUUGUUUCUGUACUCUAUAGGUACUUCUUAAUGCUGAUAUGAAGUUAUGAAUUAUUCUGGUCUGUACAAAAAAUGUGUGAAUGAGUGUGUGAGUGAGUGAGUGAGUGAGUGUGUGAAAACAUUCAAGUGUUUUUCAAUGUGUCUUGCUGUAAUUUUGUGGCGACGUACCAGAAUGCUGUGACUUGGCAUGCCCCCGUUAUACAUAAAGAAAAGUUGUAACUCCUCCA